CCGAUUGCAACCCUUCAAUAAAAUGACAUGGUUUUAUCGCUCGACCACAUUAGCGCAUCUCGCGCUCAUCCUUCGAGAUCUACGUUACUCCCCGUUCCUCCCACGAUCUCUUCUGGUCUCUUCUCUGCGCCAUUGAUCGAUCGAUCGAGCUAGUUUGUGGUCGGCAAUGGCGUACGUCGACAGGGCCUUCUCGAUCUCGGACGAGGGCAUCACGAUGGACGGCGCCUACGUCGUCCACCACCGCCCCCCCGUCAAGGAGAUCGCCCUCGCCGUCGGCCUCCUCGUCCUCGGCGCCCUCGGAGUCGUUCUCGGCAUCAUCAUGGCCGCCAACGAGGUCGGUGGCGACCGAACCCAUGGAGUUUUGUUUGCGAUCCUGGGGUCGAUGCUGUUCAUCCCGGGAUUCUACUACACGCGGAUUGCGUACUACGCUUACAAGGGUUACAAAGGCUUUUCCUUUUCUAACAUUCCUCCUGUAUGAGAGUAAAUUUCUUUCCCCCCCCCCCCCCCGUUGCUCACUGAUUUCUGUCACUGUUUACUUUCACAUGUGUACAGAUCUCAUGGUUUUCUUUCGUUCUGCUUUUAAUGUUGUUGUAGUUUGUUACUUAUUUGAGUAACUCUGCCGUGUAAUUCCGGUCAAGUAAUUCAAAAUAAGCUUUUUGUCUGUC